AGGGAGUGGAUUUGUACUCUGUCCAUCUGCAUGAAGCGACGGCUGACGACACGCUGAAGGACAUCAACAAACUUUGUGACAGUGUCCCUGCUAAGCUCGCCGAGCUGAUUCGACAGCACGCUGAUAUUUUUCCGAAUGACCUGCCAGCCAGAUUGCCACCUGAGCGCCCCCAGUACCAUAAAAUCGACCUGGAACCUGGCGCGCAACCAACCAUCAGGAAACAAUGGCGACUGACUCAACCUGACCUCACGGAGUUGCGAAACCAGCUGGACUACCUACUGGAGAAGGGGUUCAUUCGACCCAGCACGCCCCCGUUCGCAACGCCCAUUCUAUUCACACCCAAAAAAGACGGAGGGCUACGAAUGUGCAUUGAUUACCAUGCGCUGAAUCGGCGAACCAUCAAAUCUCGCUACCCAAUCCCACGCGCGGACAAUCUCCUCGACCAACUUUGCGGGGCUCGCUUCUUCAGCAAGAUUGACCUGCGAAGCGGUUACCAUCAAAUCCGAUUUUUCGCUGACGACUGCCACAAGACAGCGUUCCGAACCCGCUACGGCAGCUACGAAUACACGGUGAUGCCUUUUGGCCUCACAAAUGCGCCCUCUACAUUCCAACUUACCAUGAACAACGUGUUCUGUGAUCUCCUCGACAAGUGUGUCAUCGUAUAUUUGAAUGACAUACUGAUCUUCAGCAAGACACAGGAACAACACAUAAAGGACCUUGACCGGGUUUUUCAAUAGCUGCAGCAGAAUCGACUCAUCA